AUGACACCUAAACGUACAUGGAAGAAGCCCAAGAAACCUCAGACCUUCAAAACACCUCGCCGUCAGUAUAAACCGACUGCUGUUGCGGCUGCUUUGGCUUUGCAUGCGGAAGGAAUUACGCAAGAAAAAAGUGGAAAACUUGUUGGAAUGGACCAGACAGCAUUUUCAAGGAUCAAUAAGAGAGUAAGAGAGCGAGCGAAGGAAGAAGGAAUCGAAUGGGGUCCUGCAAUCUACCAGGAGCAUCCAGAAAUCUUCGAGCCAAAACCACGGCCUGGUCGACGACUGUUUUUCUCAGAAGAAGAGGUGGAUAAAAUCUUUGAUUGGGUAAUAGGAUCGCCAGAGCGACGCAAAAUGCCUACUUCCGACAUCAUCAAACAACUAAAUGUUGAAGGCUCUGCAUGUUACGAUGAUGGUACAAAAAAGCCCAUAUCUCAAUCACGAUUCAACGACAUCAUGUAUAAGAAGGGGUACCGUCGAGAAAAGGGUGAAUGGAAACCUUACCUCGGGGACGCUCAUCGUGAGCCCCGCGAUACGUCUGCGUACUUGACAUUUCCGGUAUGA